AUGCAGCACCCUGACUAUGACCAUGCCAAUCAGCAAGGCGAAUCACCCGUGCCUUCCCCUUCGCAUCGCAGGAAGCAGCCGUCGUCCUCCUACGUGUCGACCCUCGAUCACGCUCUCAGCAUCACGACGCCCACCUCUCUACGCAAGAAAACGCUGGCUAGCCCUACGGCGUCUCAGGCUGCCCCUGCAAGCCAACGCCAGCCGACGCCGGCAUCGCAUUCAAUCACACCAGCAAAAGACCACGCCCUGCAAACGCCCACGCGCCAUCCAGCUCCGCCGCAGCUUCUCUCCCUCUCAGGGCACGAGGCUUUCAGCUCACCCGGUACUCCUGCGUCGCCAUGGCCGACCGUUCCUGUGCGCGAGUCCGUCUUGGGCCAGGACGACUCAACGCCUCACCCAAACAGCCGACAACAGUAUCGAACACUAGCGCGGGACCAGGAGUGGCUCAUGUCAGGCUCUUCAUCACAGCGGAGCUUUGACAUGUUUGCCAUCGGCUCGCAGCCGAGACCCAUGCCCGUCUCCCACGCUUCUCAUGCUAUCGGAAGCGUGCCGAUCACGGCCUCGGCGCGUUGGACUCAAGCAGACGGGUUGUCGCUCCUGCCCGUCAGCACAGAGGGUGUUGCUGUCCCGCCUACUACUUCGGGUGCCUUCCGAUCCUACCGAGAACAGCCUUCGGGCAAUCAACGCGCUCAAGCCAGUGAAUAUCCAAUCGCAAGCACAUCUGUGCUCAGCCCGACUUCGAAUGCUUCCCUGUCGCCCACGCCGGCCAUGUCGGCAUUCCCGAUCGGCUCCAACGACGCUUCGUUCCUCAGCUCCAUCUUUCAACAGGAAACACCGAGCCUGUCCACGCACCUUCUGCCCAGCAAUGAUCUCACCGACCAGCUCGAUCCACAGACGAUGCACCUCACUGCCUCCAAUCCGCCUCCAUUGGAUCCUGCUGGGCUACACGCCCGUCCUCUGGGACAGCGCAUGACUGUCAACGAUUCAUCCGCAGCCUCGAACACAGAGAGAGCCUCGUCUGGCUUGUUGCCCCGGCAGCCAUCGGCUGCAACCGCCUCGGCCGUAUAUCUGCACUCUCCUUCGACCCUGGCAACAAGCAACUACUCGGCUUCCACUGGUGGGCGAGAGACUGCCCAAGUGGCCGGCGCCAAAUCGCAGGUUAACAUGCAUGACGACCGUGCUUUCUUUCUCCCGGUAAACUCUGGUGGCGGACAGGGCGGUGGCGGCAAAGUGGUCGAAGAAGAAGCUCUAUCGGGCCUUGGUCUCAACCUGGACGUUUCGAGCCCAGCAGCACACAGCAAGGCGAGCCGCAUUCCAUCAGCCCCGUCUGGCCUCAUGCUCGUCGACGAGAUGGGCCGAUGGUUUCUGGGCCCGAAUGCGGAGGAUCCUUUGGCUUCAGCUCAUUCUUACAAUGAUUCCGGCGCUUUGCAUCACCGCGCGGGUCGAUGGCAUCAGAACGAGACUUCGAGCGCAUCCUUGGGUGCAACGACCGAGGCCAGCUUCACCUCGAACAGCAACUCAUCCACUUGGGACACUUCCUUCAACGACCUGCACAGCUCCAUCAGCGGAGCCCACUCAGCCACCGCCAGCAGUCAUUCGACUACAACGCCGGCCUCCUCCAUCGGUCUGAGUCAGAGUCAAUCCCGCGCCGCGGGAAAGCCAGCCGAAAUGGCUCCUCAAGCCAUGGGAGCACUGCGCCCAGAUGCAACACCCGAGGUCGCGAUGCACGAUUUCAGCGAGUUUGGACAGUCCGUCUCGAUCGAGCAAAUGGCCGAGGAACGCUGGCGGACGUGGCCCAGAAGUCGCGACAGCGUCGUGCUUCAAAAUCGAGCGUCCACCUCUGCGCUUCCUGCAACCCAAGAGCCGAUCGUGGCAGCGACUCCAAAUCGGCCGGAUGAGCGGACUUCGUUCGAGUCGCUGUCCGUGUCGUCGUCCUCGACACGAUCCAGGCUGAUGGCGGAGCCUUACAACAAAAAUAUGCGAUCGGGCAGACCCAGCAGCAGUGCCAGCACAAGCAGCCGCAGCUCCGUUGGCAACCUGGCUGCAAAUGAAGCUCAGGUGUCGAAUGGUACCACGGGCCCCACCCGCCCACGCUCCCACAUUGCACCAGGGUCACUUCGCAUGUCGACCGCCGGCAGGACCGGAUCGAGCGGCGGCCUAAACGUGGACGGCGGCUUCAACCCUCCCGAGCGAGUCUCUGGCACGGCACUUGCGCUUCGACGUGCGCGAGGAAUGUCGCAGGCCAGCAUGCCACCUUCUGGCACGGGCGCCAGCUCCAUGAAGCUGACGAGAUCGAGUGACGCGAUCCUUCCUCCGAACAGUGCUGCUUCGUCCGCGGCCAAAGCUCGGCAUAGCAUCGCGCUGCAGAGGAAUGCAAAGAGCAGCGAGGGUGCCUUCCUCAUCACACGGAGGCCGCAAUCCGUGCUCGAAACCUCGACCGACUCUGAAUCGCUGCGCCGAUUGGCGACCGCUCCGGAUCAAGCUCGGGACAAGGUAGGCUUCAAUGAAGUCUCGGCAGCAUUAGACUUGCUUCGAACAUUCUUCACGCAGAAGCCGCAAAACGAGUCUGUCAAGCCGAACGAGCCCGGAGCUGAAGAGGAGAUUCGAUCUGCGGCCAAAGAUGCCGACGAUGGCGGGUCGCCUUCUAAGCCAGGCCGCACCCUACGACGAACCAAAGGGAUCUUGCCACCACGCGGCGUCUUCUCAUCUGUGGACGAAUUUGGGACACUUCAGACACCUGUCGCUGCGCGUAUGCAUGGCGACAGUGGAGACUCGACGUCCAUCCUCCGACCCGGGCACGGGCGCACUCAGAGCCUCGGGGUUGGCCACAUGGCCCUCAACACAAGGCCGGGCCCGAGUUUCGGCAGGCAGGACGACCGGAUGGCUGUACUCGAAGAUCUAUCGGAGCGUGUCUUGAGGCUCCAAGCCGAAAGCGAACGACAAAGGGAACGGCAGGCAGCCGCCACCAUGCCACCGCCGCCUGCCCGACCCGCCUCGAUGAUGGCUCAGCAGCAGCAGAGUCCCGGUCUGUCUCGAACGCGGCGAGAGAUGCACGAAGAGUACCUUCGCAAGAGAUCAGGAGCAUCUUGA